AAGCAAAUAGAAGAAGAAGAAGAAAAGAAGAAGGAGAUGACAUGAAAGUUGGGGGAACUUUAUGACGUCGGUUGACCUUGAUUAUUAUUAUGCUUAUUAUUAUGCUUUAGUAUUAUGCAAUUGUUUAAUAUGUUGCUCCUGGUUAACAUGAGGUUCUCCGGUCCCCUCUUCUUCUGGCUGUCGGCCGUCCUUGGAGUCCUGGCUGCUCAAGGAGAACCUAAAUAUUUUGAAGUGGGCACAACGCUCACCUUUGAGCCAGACGUUUCCACUGUUCAAAAACCAAUCGACACCAUCAGGUGGAAGUGCGGCACCACUUUGGUGGUGGAUUGGGAUCCGAGCGACCAUACAUACUAUGGGUCAUUCAAUGGACGCACAACGUUGGAUCCAAAAACCCUGCGGUUGGUCAUCAAUCAUUUGACCGUGGCAGAUAGCGGACAGUUCUCCGUGGAGACGAAUCAUGGAACAGUCGGGUCUUAUGAGGUUAAAGUCAUCAAGCCCCCUCUGACGCCCAGUAUAAAGACCCAGCCGCUGUUGUGUGACGUCGUUUGUGAUCUGAAGUGUACCGCGAACACCACAGAUCUGGGACCGGUCUCCUACGAAUGGAAGGAAGACGAAGGAGAGUGGACCGAGGGUGACGAGCUGAAGGUUAUGAAGAUGUCCAAACCCCCUGAGAAGUUCUCCUGCAGGCUGAAGACCCGUGUGAGGACCAGCGGAGCCAGCAUCGCCAUGGUCAAUCCACUCAAUGAACCAGUACCAGAAACAGGUUUAACUGGUGGAGCUAUUUUCGGCAUAUUAUUAUUGAUUGUUGCUGUAAUUGCUGUCAUUGCUGUCAUUGCUGGCAUUGCUCUGGUGAAGUGGCGUCCGAGCCAUCCACUUUCUACGUUAAUCCUCAGGAAUGAUUUUCUGACGAGACGCAUAUUUGGUAACCAGCUACCAGUCCCUCAAUCCGAUCCAGAACAACCACCCCAACCAGCAGACCAACCAGCUGUUCCCGACCAACCAGCUGUUCCCGACCAACCAGCUGUUCCCGACCAACCAGCUGUUCCCGACCAACCAGCCAAUCCCGACCAACCAGCCAAUUCCGACCAACCAGCCAAUCCCGACCAACCAGCCAAUCCCAACCAACUAUCUGAUCAAGGCCGACCAGCGAAUGGAGUCAAAGGGGCUGAGGAGAUGGAAAUGUUGACUAAUACAAAUUCAAAUGAAAAGCCAUGAGCAGUCACACAGAGUGGCCACUGGAUUGCUGCUGUCUACGAAUUGAUUAGGCCGCCUCUGAAUGUUCAACAAGUGCUGAGCUCAGGGGGUAGAGCAGUUGCCUUGUAACCGAAAGGUUGCCAGUUCACUGCCAGCUACUCCUAGCUGAGUGUUCAGUUAGGUACACAUUAACACAACGACUCGGUGUGUCAAUGUGUACCAUCGGUUAAUACACACAUUGACACACCGAGUCUGCCGUCGGUGUCUCAAUGUGUGUAUUAACCGAUGGAUAAAUGUGUGAGACUAGAGAAUGAGGAAUGAGACGCAUGGAUGUCUGCUGCGACACACGGCCGUCUUGUUUUCCACACAGGUUGAGGGAAUUGCCAUUUGUUACUAGUAUUUUGUGAUGUUCGUGAUGUGAUGUAUUUAUAUAGCUUGCUGUUUUUAUAUUGUUUGCUUGUCAUGGGCCAAACCUAAUCAAGUGGAGCUAGCGAGCCUUCUCACUCUUCUGUGGGGCUAACGCCACUGACGCAGCCUUUGUUUUUCACCAGUUCAUGCCAACAAUCAAUGAACAGUGCCCCACUUGCUGAGGGAAGUUUGUGUUAAUUGAAUUACCAUGCAGUUGUGAAGGACAGUUCACAGUGACAGACAAAUGAAGGACCAAAUUGCAGAGAAGAUGGGACCUACCCAGCUGCAGCUGCAGCUUCAGCACAAACACCUUCCAUCCACCACAUCAGCCCUGUUCUCCAACAGCUCCACUGGCUCAAGGUGCGGCCACACCAGACGCGUAUCUCGCGUACUUUUUACGCGAGAUACGCGCGUAAAAUGUUGCUUGACCAUUUUGUGUCAAAAAUGGUCACAUACGCGCAAUACGCGCCAUACGCGCAUACGUCACUCGCCUAGAUGAGUCCAAUGUCCAUGCAAGUGAACGGAGCGUUCCCUCUUCGUCAUAACUAUCAAACCAAAUGUUAUGUUAUGUUACUAUUUCCACCCAGAAUAAAGAAAGUUGUCGGCCGUGGCUGUGUGUGUGUGUGUGUGUCUUGCCCCAGGAUGAGGCUCCCCACGGUAAAGGCUCCAACACUUGGGUGUGUGUGUGUUGCCCCAGGAUAAGCUGCGCUGGAGUCCGAGGUAGGAAACCCAAACGCCGCCGUGUUUGGGUGAUAGAGUUUAGAUCGGGUUAGAUUAAAUAAUCUCGGAUAUAAAUAACAAUAAUCGGGUUAAAUAACUUCACAUGGUGUGUCUGGUGUGUUUCCAGCAUUCGUAGUGUUGAUCAGCAGAUAUAUAGUCCGCCAAGACGUUGAGGUUGCUUAGUAACCAGAGACUCUGUCCAUGCAAGUGAACGGAGCGUUCCCUCUUCGUCAUAACUAUCAAACCAAACAUCCUUCACAUUCACCGAGCGAACAUUAUGAAAGUAAAAUGCACAUUUCUCGCUAGAAAUGUUUCCAUAAAAGCAUUUAAUGGCGUAACUAUGUUACUAUUUCCACACAGAAUAAAGAAAAAUGUCGGCCGUAUGCUUCUGUCCAAGCUCACUACUCUCUGCCAGUGACGUCGGGUCAAGCUCAACGCUGAUUGGGCAAGGCGGCAAUCGUCAGACGCGUAUCUCGCGUACUUCGCGUAAAAAGUUCAAUUUUUUGAACUCUUGAAAUGUACGCGAUAUACGCGCGUAUAGCGCGUAUUGCGCGUAAAUAUACGCGCCACAUACGCGCUAUACGCGCGUACAAUGUUGCUUAUACGCUUAAUACGCGUAAUACGCGUAAUACGCGUAUUAAACCAAUGGUUCCCAAUGGAGAAAAUGGCGAUUUGAGACGCGAAGUACGCGAGAUACGCGUCUGGUGUGGCCGCACCUUCACAGUUCAUCCAUUUCAAAGUCCUCCGGUUAACAUUCAAGGCCAUCCACAACCUCGCCCCCCAAUCUGUCCGACCUCGUCCUUAUUCCCACUCCAUCUCGCCCCCUCAGCUCCUCUUCCUCCAUACAUCUGUCUGUCCACUCGGACCGUCUCACCACCAUGGGGCACAGGGCGUUCAGCCCCUCUUUUUCUCUUUCUAAUGACUUUUUCUACCUUUUGUACGUGUCCUUGAGUGCAGAGAAAGGCACCUUCAAAUAAAAUGUGCGUCCUCUAAAGGUGCCUAUUUUUGUCAUUGGCUCAGAUUAUGUUAUCAUAAUUUGGCCAAAUUGGGCUAUCUAAUUUAACUCUACUCCCCAAGUGCUGCUGUUUCAAUGUGCUUUAUUUGCUAUGUAACACUAUAUAAAACUUGUUUCUGUACCUUUUGGUUGAUCUGGUC